AUGGCAAAGCCCGCUUCCAUCGACAUCGACAUGAUGAGAUCAGAACGUGAUCGUUCCACAAGAGCGGCUAGUGUUCUCUCAGGCAUGUCGGCCGAAGAUAUGGAGGCUGCCGAGACCUUGAACAGUUUACAACAGAAAUAUCACUCUCCCCGGCAAAACCCUCCCACUUUGGUCCAGACUCAGACCACUUUCGAUGUCGAUCAGCCUGAACCUCUUCUCCGCUUAUUCACGAGCCAGUACCCUCUCGCUGGCAGCCUCAUCAAUGGCUCUUUGUCCGCUUACAAAACCACCCAGUCAUAUAUCCCGGGUGCAGAAUGGACCGAGAGAAAUGUGGGUUUACCCAUCGCUGGUACCGUUGCCAGAAUAUCUGGUGUUGAAGGCGGUUUGAGGUGGGCUCUGAAGCCAAAGCGCGACGGACGACCUUCCAGUACUGCCCGCACUCCGGACGUCGAAAAGGGCUACUCAGAUAUUGCCCCCCAUGGCACAAGUCGGCCCCGUCCAUCAGCAGAGAUGACCUACACCGACACUUUACCAGCCUAUAAUCCUGGUGAUCGCUCUCCACCCUACACCGAACAGCAGGCUCUUGCCAAGUCGCGCGACCGACAACCGCCUCCUGGGUGGCGACAACAACUGGUCAUCUCGACGAGUGGGCUCGGUGUAGCGAUGAGUGAUGAAUCUAUCAGAAGUCUCCGAUACUGCCUGAGCUGGCUACGCUGGGCUAAUGGUCAUUUGGGCGAAGCAAUUCAGAAUCUCAAAAAUCUAUUAGAACGAUGGGAUGAGGGCAUCACCCCUGGCGACGGCGACCAUCCUGCGCCGAUGUCAGUCGCCAGCAUGACCCAAACUCAAGAAGAGCGUCGCCAAGCCGCAUUGUCUGCACGCAUCGCCGCCCUGAAAGCCGAUGUGCUCAAAACACUCAAAGAUGUCAUUGCCAUCGUAUCAAACUACGCCGGCGGUGCUUUGCCUACUAAUGCACGCGACCUCGUUCACCGGCAUCUCACCAGCCUGCCUCAACGCUUCAGCGUCGCCAAUAUGGCCGGGACCAGCCUGACCGACGGAGCCGACGAGAACCUCGACGAUUCCGAGGCUGCCCAAUCCGGACGGAGAGUAAUGGUACUCGCUCAGGAGGGUCUCGAUAUGAUGACUCAAGUUUCGAGGGUUGUUAACGAUACUCUGGUUAGCGCCGAAGGGUGGUGUGAGAAGUUGGGCCGACGGCCGAAUUCGCAAUCUCAGCAACGAAUGUUCAUCGAUGAGAAGUCGGAUGAUGCAUCAAUGCGAAGUGAGAACGUUGCACCGAGUGAGAGGACAAUCGGCUCGCAGCAACAACAGCAACAACAGCAACAACAAAUGGGCGAAGAUGUGCAUAUGGACAUGUAA